CGUAGUGACAAAGACAGCGAGCUGAGGAGGAAGGAAUAAAGAAGAAUUUCAGGCUUGGACUGCCACUUCCCGAAGAACGAAACGCACAGGGUUUCCUCAAUACCCGAUACUAGAAGAACCGUAUUUGGACGUCGCCGUGUAUGUAGUUGGGACAAAUUUGAAGGGCCGUAGAAACCGUUCACAUAUUGAUUGGGCAACUGGCAGAUUUUUCCGUUUGAAUUGUCCGUAGGGUAGGAGAGCGAGCAGCCAUGGCGGUCGGGUCAUUGAGUCUUCACAUCGGAAUAUAAAGAGGAACUGCAUGGCCCUGCAUCUAUAGGAAUAUACAGCAACCAUUCCCCAUGUCUGAUCGUCUCACUUUUGUCGUUUUGUGUUCAACUGUGACCACGUAAGAGAAAUCAAACCAGCAGUGCAGUGGGUUUAUUGCGGAGGCCAGCUUCAUGAUUAUUUUAGUUGGAAGACGUCUCUCCAAGGCCUAGCAACUGAAGGAAAACGAGGGCUCAAAGGGAAAUAGGAUGCUUUGAAUUACUGUUAGUGGACGAAAAAGGGUGAUUGAUAGACUAAAUAACGGCUGCCAAGGCUCGUGGACAGAGGAGUUGAUUUAAAUAUCAUAUUGUGAAUAAUCAAACAUUCAGAUUAAGGAACUGUUAUUCUUUGGAUGCAAAGGUUUAGAAAGAUAAACCUACCAAGACAUCUACACUCACGUAGUCUACAGUAUUUGAUUCGGGGAUUGCCAUGUCUGGUCGGCCCAGAACCACCUCCUUCGCAGAGAGCUGCAAACCAGUGCCGCAGCCCUCGGCUUUUGGCUCUAUGAAAGUCAGCAGGGACAAGGAUGGCAGUAAGGUGACGACGGUGGUGGCCACCCCAGGCCAAGGGCCCGACAGGCCCCAAGAGGUCAGCUAUACAGACACCAAGGUGAUUGGGAACGGCUCCUUUGGAGUGGUCUACCAGGCCAAGCUGUGUGACUCUGGAGAACUGCUGGCGAUCAAGAAGGUUCUGCAGGACAAGCGGUUUAAGAACCGCGAGCUGCAGAUCAUGAGGAAGCUGGACCACUGCAACAUCGUUCGCCUGCGCUACUUCUUCUACUCCAGCGGAGACAAGAAGGAUGAGGUGUAUCUGAACCUGGUACUGGACUAUGUUCCUGAGACGGUCUACAGAGUGGCCAGACACUACAGCCGAGCCAAACAGACCCUACCCAUGGUCUAUGUCAAGUUAUAUAUGUACCAGUUGUUCAGGAGUCUGGCCUACAUCCACUCGUUUGGGAUCUGCCAUCGGGACAUCAAACCCCAGAACCUGCUGCUGGACCCCGAGACGGCCGUGCUCAAACUCUGUGACUUUGGCAGUGCUAAGCAGCUGGUACGCGGAGAGCCCAACGUGUCCUACAUCUGCUCUCGCUACUACAGAGCCCCCGAGCUUAUCUUUGGUGCCACCGACUACACCUCUAGCAUAGAUGUGUGGUCAGCUGGUUGUGUGCUAGCAGAGCUGUUGCUAGGGCAACCAAUCUUCCCCGGCGACAGUGGAGUGGAUCAGCUGGUGGAGAUCAUCAAGGUUCUGGGGACACCUACACGGGAGCAGAUCCGAGAGAUGAACCCCAACUACACUGAGUUCAAGUUCCCUCAGAUUAAGGCACACGCAUGGACUAAGGUGAGUCAACAGGUGUUCCGGCCCCGUACGCCGCCGGAGGCCAUCGCCCUGUGUUCUCGGUUGCUGGAGUACACGCCCACCUCGCGCUUCACCCCCCUGGAGGCGUGUGCACACUCCUUCUUCGACGAGCUGAGGGAUCCCAACGUCAAGCUGCCCAACGGGCGAGAAAAACCCUCCCUCUUCAACUUCACCACGCAGGAGCUGUCCAGUAAUCCCUCGCUGGCCAACAUCCUAAUCCCCGCCCACGCCCGCACUCAGGCCUCCGCCUCCACCCCAACCAACGCCACCACAGAUGGUAACAGCACAGAUCGCAGCCCUAACACCAUUACUGCCUCGGCCUCCGCCUCCAACUCCACCUCCUGAACCCCCCGCCCCAGCCAGGGGUGAUGCCAGUGGAGGGAUGAUGACAUGGCAGGGUUUAAAGCAGAUGACAACUACAACAACAACUCCAAGUCACCCAUCUAGGUGUUUGAUUUCUGCAACCUACUCCACUGUGGACAUCUUUAUUGUCUGUUAGAAGGAAGGAGUGGUGGGGGACAGGGGGAGGCUGAUGAAAUAUAAGAGUAUUCAUAUAUAAACGUACCCUAUAUACACAAUACUAGCCUGCUAAUGUUUCCAAGAGGACAAUCCUACGUAUCAAAGUAGUUAGCUGACCCCACACCCUCCUCUUCCCUGUCCACAAUGAAGCCCCCCCCCCCCCCCCCCCCCCCACACACACACACACAUUCACAUGAGGGAUCAGUCCCUUCCUCAUGCCCUCUCCAUACCCUACCCCUUCAUGUUCUCAUCACUUCCCCUCUGACCCCUUACCUCUGACCCCCUGCUUGGGAUGUCUACCCUAGCUCCUCUUCCUGUAGUGCAUGGCUUGAGUAAGGUUAGGAGUGCCUAGAGUGACCUUUCACCUUUUACCGCUGCAUUGACCUCCACACUUCUGCUAAUUAGGCAUAAGACACACACACACACACACACAGACACACACACACUUAACAUUCUUACAAAGACACCCCAUGCAUGAAGGUCCUGAUAUAUGUGGACACGGAUGUCAGAGGUUUGCUCUGGGUUAUUUUUAAACGGUUAGCGAACAGUUCUAUUAUGUUUUUAUUUUUGUUUUAUAUUCUCUGGGCUCGGGUUGGGUGGGAUCAUUUAGAUUGAUAUGUGUGACAUGUCUCUGGUUCUGUGUGCUUGUGUUAUAUAUAUAUAUAUAUACACACAGUAUAUAUAUUAUGUUGCAUUAUGUACAAAAAUAUAUAUAGAUAUAUGAAACUUCAAUGGUUCAGAAUCCAUAACGGUAAGUUGUUGGCUCACAGAGCAGGGGCAAUAUUUGCUGCUGCCUAAAGACAUGAAGAGGCAAGGUGGUGUGAUCUCUAUGGCUGGAAAAUACUUUUUUUCAGCAGUCACUUUACUAUUUCCCUGUGUGUCAUCAUUUGUAUGUUAAGGCUGUAGACCGGACUACAUAUUGUUCUAUUACUGAACUUUCUCUCUCCAUUGAUCAUGUCACUGUGUAGUAGUGCUGUCAGUGUCUAGGGGAUGUCUCCCCCACACCUGCUCUGUCUUUAGAUGAAGACAUUUUAAAGUCAUGCAUACUUUUUCUUCAACUCAUGUGCCAAAUUCCAAAUCAACAGCUAGCGUCUACCCUCUAGGCACUUGAUUUGGAAUUUCAGACAUGGUUUCUGGCUAGAUUGCGAGAAGUGUUCUUAUCUAGGCCUCUGUCACUCCUGGCUCUCUCUUAUUGUGACCACUGACUCAGUGUUUGUCUAAUAUUAAUCUGUUGGUCCAACGUUAAUUUAACGUUAGUCUAGCGUUCUUCUCUUUCUCUGUAUCUCUCCAUCUGGACCACACAACCACCUCACUGGUACAGGCUCUGAGUCGAGCGUCUUACUUACCCAGACAUAUAUGAAAACACAACUACACAAUGUGUAUAUGUACAGUUCAUAUGCUCCUCACCAAAUCCUGACUUAUGUAUGUUGUAUUUUAUGUUGUGAUCGUGGUAUGUGUGUAUAUGCAGACCCAUGUACUGUUUAUGAGCAAAAACAAAGAUAUGGGGGAGAAAAUAAAUGAAAAUAAGAAAAAAUCAGGGCAAUAUGUUGGAGAUUGUAGAUGAUGAUGAUGCUAUAUGCAGCCAUAUAGUUCAACCUUUACCUGUACAGUACAGUAGAUAACAAGUGUAUUGUAACAAUAACUAGUCAUGUAUAGUGUAUCUAUAGUUUGGAGUGCCUUUGCUUUCAUACACCUUCGCCUUGCCCCCUCACCUCCUACCCCCUUCCACAACAUAACCUUGCAUCCCUCUUAGGUGCCGUUGAAUGACUUGCUGCCCCCCUCUCAGAGCUCAGUUUCAGUCUAGCGUUGUACCAAUGUUAGAUCAACUUUAGCAUUUUUCUCUUUCUCUGUAUGUACACAUUCUCCUUGGUGUCAACAUGUCUUCUUCAUCCUCUGUUUUCUCUAUGUUAAGGUUAUGACAAAUCUGUAAAAACAUAUAUUGUUUGAGAUUAUUGACCUGAUUUGAAGCAAAGUUUGCUUGAGUUCAAUGUUUUUUUUAUGAUUUCACUAGGAUGCACAAAUAUUUUACACACACACGCACACUGUAUCCAGUGUUUAAGUAGGGGUAUGGGGAUUGCCUUUUAGGUCAAGUGUCAUAUACACAUACAUUAGAGUACAGUAUGUAUUCAGUCAAAAUGUUGCUUCUGGUAUCAAAGCCAUUAAGCCAAUUGAUGAUAUUGAUUUUGUGACAAGCCAUUCUCAGAGGAAAUGCAGUACAUUCUCUUUUCUUUACCUCCUUCCCUCCCUCCAUCUGAGGGAUAUUCAGUAUCACCCAAGGGGUUUGUCAUGCCUCACACCAAUCCCGUCCCGCUUGCUGUAAUAUUUGCUUUCAUUGACAUGUUGCUAUCUAUCCCAUCACCAGGUCUGUGACCACUCCCCCAAAUCCAGUUCAACCAGAGUGAACCAUGUCAAAUCACACCAAAACCGUUUCAAACAGUUACCAAAAAAAGAACAAGGAUAGUGGACUAUAAAAUAUACAGACUAUGGCUUCGCACACACUCUCGUGGCAGAAGAAUAUGCUAUCUGGAUUUAAAGAAAAAAUAAUAAAAGAUAAAAACCCUGUAUAACAAUACUACUACUAGUACUACUUGAAUGCCUCUGUUUGUGACUGACAUUUUUAUUUCAUUUUGAAAUGUUUGUUUUUAUUCUGUGAAGGUAUGCUAAAUGUCCACCCCUGUAAAUACUUUCCCUUGCGUGCCCUGAGGAAUAGUUCCCUGGUACUGUCAUUUGCAUUAAAUAAAGAGUAGGAAAGCCUGGAAAUGAA